CAAAAUGUUUUCUGUUUUCAUCAUUUUUAUUUUAUUUCACUUUUUUUUCGAUUGCAAUAUUUAAUCAGAAUUUGCAUCCAGCUCAUCCAGCAAUACAUGGUUGUGCGCUGCCCCUUUAAGGAUGCGGAGAGGUAUGCAAAUAAUAUGCCCAGAGAAUGGUCCCGCCCCCUCGAGGCGUAUUGCGCCGAUUGGGUGUAGCGAUCGUCAAUCCGCGUUCCGCGCGGCCGGCUUGACUUCCGGUGAGGAGAGAGACUGGCGGAGAGCCGGGCGCCAUGUUGGAUGAUAGAGUCUAGUCGGUUGUCUCCUCCGCCGAGCGGCCCGCCUCAUUCCUAAACCGAGCUUCGGUUUUUACUUCGUUGACCGAGGGGCGGUAGAGUCGUGUUGCCUCCUCCGGUUCGACACCGGCGGCGAGAAAGCGAGACAGCCGUGCCCAAUGGAGGCGCGGCUCCGGCAGCCGCUGUGAAAGGAGGAUCGGGUAGUACUCAUCCAAGAGGGUGUUGGUGAUGAUGCACCAUGGCAGUGGUCCACAAAAUAUACAGCGCCCACUGCAGAGAUCCAAGUCAUAUACUGGCGCCGAGGGAGAUGAACAGACUGCAUUACCUCAUUCUCCUGUCACGCCGUUCGCUCCCGCUCUCAGCCCCGUGCCGCACACGGUGGCCAGUCCUUCUGGGCCACAGUCCCCGAGUUAUCAGUUGCAGCAGCUCAUCAUGAACCGGAGUCCGGUAUCUGCGCAGAAUGUCAACAUCACGCUGCAGAAUGUGAGCCAGGUGAUGGCCGGGAAUCAGCAGAUCACGUUGGCUCCCCUUCCGAUUCAAAACCCAGCGUCCCCUGGUUUCCAGUAUAGUUCACAGGUUGUGGGACAGCAAAGGCGCUUUGAUCACGGAUCCCCGUCGUAUAUUCAAGUCACUUCGCCCUUGCCUCAGGUGCAGCCGCAGAGUCCCACGCAGCACAGCCCUGCAUCGAUGCUACAGGGCGUGCAGCGGACAGGGGCAGCGGCUACGGGGUUGAGUAUGUGCAGUCAGAGCCCGACCCGAGGAUACGUGGACGCCAAUGUACUGGUUAGGCAGCUGAACCUCAGUCCAUCGAGUGGUGGGCACUUUGUAUAUCAGGAUCCGUCCGGUCUUACUCAGAUAACUUCAAGCGUUGGAGGGCAGGUGCAGUUAACGGCAGCCGCCACAUCAGUUUCUGGAUCACGGGAGCGUAGGCUUUCGCAGCCGCACUCCCAGACUGGUGGAACUAUUCAUCACUUGGGCCCUCAGAGCCCAGUGGCCAGUGGCGCCAUGCAGCCCUUGCCCAGCCCAAGCCACAUCACCACAUCGAACCUGCCUCCGCAGAUCAGCAGCAUCAUACAAGGACAACUGAUACAGCAGCAACAGCAGGUUCUUCACAGCCAGCAGAUGGCCAGGCCUGUAAAUUAUGAAAGGACACCUGUAUCCUUGACCACAGGAGUGGUAGGGGCAUCAAGCUUCGGAAUGACAUCACCGCCACCUCCUUCUAGCCCAUCUCGGAGUGCCGUAGCUCAGGGCCUGGCAGCGGCAUGUCUCACUCCCACCACUCCUUGCGUCCCAGUCGUGAGGAAGCAACCAAAGAAGUUGGAAGAAAUUCCACCUGCUACCCCAGAGGUUUCUCAAAUGAGAAAGCAGUGUUUAGAGCACCACCUUGCCCAAAUGGAGUCUCUGAGGGAGACAUUUAAGGACUACUUGAUUGAACUUUUCUUUCUUCAGCACUGCCAGGGGAAUAUGAUGGAUUACCUAGCAUUCAGACGGAAACCCUGUAUGGCCUUGUUGGCAUAUCUGAAGCAAGGAGACUUGGAUCUUGAAGAGGAGGAAGAGGAGGAGCAAUCCGAGGUCAUCAAUGAUGAGGUAAAAGUGGUGACAGGAAAGGAUGGCCAGACAGGGACGCCAGUUGCCAUAGCAACACAGCUUCCCCCUAAUGUUUCUGCUGCAUUUUCAACGCAGCAGCCGCAACAGUUUCAGCAGACGCAUCAAGGUACACCUGUGGCGGGCACGGCCAACACAGUGGAGAUUGAAGCUUUCAAAAGGCAGCAGGCUUUAGUUCAAACAGAUCAGAAUAAAAGGCCACGGAUAGAAGGUGGUCGCCAUGGAAUGGUUUUCCAGCACACAACUGUGACUACUUUAGGAUCUCCAGCUAUAGUUCCCUUACAGCAACUCAUGCCAACGGUGCAGGGUGGAAUGCCUCCCACUCCUCAGACGAUACAGCUCACGGGCCAGAAACAAAACCAACAGCAGUACGAUCCCUCCAAAGGGCCGCCGGUGCAGAAUGCUGCCAGCCUGCAUACGCCUCCACCUCAGCUGCCUGCCAGACCUACGUCUAUACCAUUGACCCCAAUCCCAGCCGCUAUUCAGUUGGCACAACAGCACAUGGUUGAAACCCAGCUCCAGCCUCAAACCAUCCUCCAGGCUCAGGCCCCGGCUCAGAACCUCCUUCAGGUCAAGAGCCAGCCGCAGCCCAUUUCCCUGUCUCAGUCUCAGACGCAGCUCCAGUCUCAGCUCCAGCAGCAGGUACAAGCUCCUCUUCACGUACCAAUGCAAACUCAGCCAUCAGCACAACUUCAACAGUCACAAGCACACCCUCCACAACAGACUGUGACAUUGAUGCGAUCAACAAGUGAGACCGGCCAAGCGUGCCAACGACUCAUAGCCAACUCACAGCCUACCUCAUCUGCGCCACAAGUGACCCUUUCAGGGACAGUUUCCUCUGCUCCUACACAUCAGCCGUUGACUAAUAGGCCAGCGUCGCCGGUUUUGCAGUCCAAGCCACAGGGGUUGGUUACCUUAUCUGCCGUAGCUCCUCCGAAAGCCCAAGUGGUACUACAGAAUUCGGCACUAGCUUCACAGGAAAACACUACGAAUGCACAAGAUAAAGUUGUUGAACAAGUGAAACAGGAAAACCAGAUACACCAAAGGAUUUCGGAGCUGAGAAAAGAAGGGUUGUGGUCAAUGAGAAGGCUACCACGACUCCAGGAAGCACCCCGGCCAAAAUCUCACUGGGACUACUUGCUGGAAGAAAUGCAGUGGAUGGCGGCUGAUUUUGCUCAAGAAAGGAGGUGGAAGAUGGGCAUUGCCAAAAAGCUUGCACGAACUGUUGUACGUCAUCACGAAGAACAGAAGCUGAAUGAAGAGCGAGCCAAGAGAGAAGAACACGCCAAAUUAAGAAGAAAAGCGGCUUUGGUUGCAAGAGAAGUAUUGCACUUUUGGCGUAAUAUCGAGAAGGUUGUGGAAGUCAAAUUGCAGCUUUACAUGGAGGAACAAAGGAAGAAAGCAUUACUUUUACGAAAGGGGACAUCAAGCAAAGAUCAAAUUUCUGUCUCUUCAUGGCCUCUGUCAGAAAAGCAGAGUGACACAGAUCCAUUGGGUAACGAGAGCAGAAAAAAAUCCAGUGAUGCUGGGGAUUCAGUAGAAGACUGUGAGGAAACCAUUGAAGAACAGGAAGCCAUUGAAGGCACUGUUGACCAUCAAGCUGAACUAGCAGACUUGGCCAAGCAAGCUGAAAUGCCUCUGGAAGACCUUGUUCGACAGUAUGCUGGUGCUUAUUCUGAAAACUUUGAAUGGCCAAUUCCAGAUUCUUCCGACAGUGAAGGUGAUGACUGUGAGGAUGAUGAAGAAAUAGAAGAAGAGUUUGCUGCUGAUUUUGGCUGUCUAGAGCAAGAGGUGGCGAUUGAUUCCUUGCUGAGCGUUGACCAAUACAGAGUAUCAGAGCGAGUGAAUACCAACCCAGCGGAAGGCAGGAGACCAAGAAAGGACAUUGCUGAAGUUGCUGCUGCUGCUGAGCCUCUCCUGCCAAAGGGCAUAGCUCGAUAUUCAUCCUUGGUGAAGAAUUCCCCUCCUUUCUUGCUUCAUGGCACUCUCCGGGAAUACCAACAGAUUGGCGUUGAUUGGCUGGCUGCUUUGCAUCGACGCAAGUUAAAUGGGAUUUUGGCUGAUGAUUCGCGAUUGGGCAAAACCGUACAAAUCAUAGGUUUCCUAGCUCAUCUCGCCUCAAACGAAGGUGUCUGGGGACCACAUCUGGUGGUGGUGCGAACUUGCAAAAUGCUCAACUGGGAAAUGGAAUUCAAACGAUGGUGUCCAGGGCUCAAGAUAAUGAUGUACUUUGGCACAAGGAAAGAACGCAGAGUCAAAAGGGAGUGUUGGACAGAGCCCAACUCCUUCCAUGUGUGCAUCACCUCGUAUAAGCUGCUCCUGAAGGACAUGCAGGCUUUCCGGAGGAAGCGAUGGAAGUACCUGAUCCUAGACGAGGUCCAGCAGCUUAGAAACACGACUGAGCGGCACUGGGAGGCCCUCUUCAAUCUCAAGAGCCAACAGCGCUUGCUUUUGAUUGGAACUCCUUUACAAAAUACCCCAAUGGAGCUAUGGACCAUGAUGCACUUCCUGCUGCCUGGAAUUACCAGAUCUUACCUGGAUUUCCCUGUGAAAGUUGGCACAGAUGAAAAUCAAGACUAUUGCCACAAACUAGUGAUAAGAAUGCACAGGAUGAUUCAGCCAUUCAUCUUGCGGCGAUCAAAGCGAGAUGUGGAGAAACAGCUGCCAAAGAAAUAUGAGCACAUUCUGAAAUGCUGCCUGUCAAAGAGGCAGAAGAUCAUGUACGAGGAUGUCAUGUUCCACUCUAGCACAGCGGAAGCCCUGCGGUCUCGCCAUUUUGUUAGUGUCCUCAAUCUCCUAAUGCAGCUGCGGAGGAUAUGUAAUCACCCCAACCUGAAGUGUCCCAGGGCGGUCCGUUCGGCGUAUGUUUGCAAAGCUCUGCAGUACUCCAUUUCAUCUCUAGUGCUGAAAACACUUGAAUAUGAUCCUUGGAAAAAUGUAGACUUGUCUGCCUUCAAUCUAGUGGGAAUUGAAAAUAAGCUCUCUCGACACGAGACUGAGACAGUCAUGCCCAAGCGGAAGGUGACAAGAAAACUUAUUGAGGAAAUCUACAACUCGCCGGAUCUUCCACCAAGACCCAGACCUGUUAAAGUGAAAGUCAGCAAGUUGUUCCAGCCAGUGCAGUAUGGACAGAAGCCGGAUGACAGGACAGUUGUGGUGGUUGGGACACAGCCUCAGCGAGCGCCCAGCAUGGCUUCCGCAGCGGCAGCCCAUCAAGGACAAGUGCGUGGAAAAUCUUCAGCUGUGGCUGUGCCUGCGUCUCAGGUUAUGACUUCUGCGCAAGCACAAACCAACACCUUGUCGUUUCCAGCAGCGACUCCGUUACAGAUGACUCAGACGUCUGCCAGUGCGCCAGGACAGCAGCAGGCGGUCAACAGCACCAUCUCCUCUAGCAUGGCCAGUCCAGCACUGGUCAGCACAGCAGGCCAGGUCACCCAGCAGGGACAGACCUUGCACUCUGGCCAGGCCCAGCAACAGGCCACCUCCGUUCACACCGUCCCGACAACUAAUGUGCUGCAUCAGAGGCUGGUGCUAUCCUCCCAGGCCCAGGCACGACUGCCUAGUGGAGAAGUCGUCAGCAUCGCCCAGCUAGCCUCCAUAGCUGGCGGGCAAGGACGGGGUACUCAGACGAGUCAGCCCGUGACGCUGCACUUCCAAGGCAACAAGUUCACAUUGUCUAGCAGUCAGUUGCGCCAGCUUACCGCAGGCCAACAUCUUCAGUUACAAGGUAACGUUCUCCAAAUUGUGUCAGCACCCGGACAGCAGAUAAUGCGUCACCAGAAUCAGGCUGUGAUACAGGCACCAUCACAGGGCAGUGCCAUUCAUAAUGCCUCUGCUGCCUCAGGAAACCAGCAAGGAAUGCCGCCUUCUUCUGUUCCCAACCCUAUUUCAACGCAAGCGUCUUUUCUCACAACUAGAACAGUUGGUAGCUCCGCAUCUGGUGAGCAGGGAGCAAUCCUGAGACCUAUAUCCUCUCUAGGAUCUGCUGCACAGGAUUCGAUAGAAGAGAAGAAAAGGCUUACGAAGGAGCGUUUGGAUAGAAUAUUUUUGAUAAACGAACGGCGUUGCUCUGUGGUACCAGUGUAUGGUACAGAGUUGUUAGGAGUCUGUUUCUUGAUUGGUGAAUAUAGACUAACCAAACACAAAUCGGCAGUGAAUUCAUGGCUUUCCUCUGGUUAUGUGAACUGCUGCAAUUCUCAGCAGUCAAUUAGUGACCCACUUUGCACAGAGAUGUCUUGGAAACAGACAGACGCCUUGUCACAGGCAAUCUUAACUACAGACCAGAGGCAAGAUAGUAUGCAGGACAUUAUAAAAAGGGUUCAUUGUGCUGUUCUGAACGCAGUGGCUCCUCCACCAACUCUGUACACGUUCAACCCUCUACCUCCAUACAUACAUCACAUGCGGCUCUUCAAGUAUAAUCUGAAGAAGGAACUGGUUCCAUACUUCCCGCAACUACAGCGGAUUACGUCUACGACAACACUUCAGUUAACUGACCCAAGGCUCAUACAGUUUGACUCAGGGAAAUUGGAGGCACUGGCUGUUCUGCUUCAUAAAUUAAAAUCAGAAAGGCGGCGAGUACUCAUAUUCACACAAAUGAUUCAAAUGCUGGACAUCUUGGAGAGUUUCCUGGACUACCACAGCUUUGCUUUUGUGAGAGUUGACGGAAAUGUUCGCCUUACCCAACGGCAGGCAUUGAUGAAACUCUUCAAUACCGAUAAGCGAAUCUUCUGUGCUAUCCUUUCCACUCGCGGCGGUGCUGCAGGGGUUAACUUGAUAGAUGCCGAUACCGUCAUUGUGUAUGACAGUGACUUGAACCCCACUCUGGAUUCACAAGUCCAAGAAUGGUGUGAUAGAAUUGGAAAGUGCAAAGAUAUCCAUAUAUACAGACUGGUUAUUGGCAAUUCCAUCGAGGAGAAACUUCUCAAGAAUGGUACGAAGAAUUUAAUUAGAGAUGUGGCUUCACAUGGAAGCAACUAUUGCACAGCGUACUUACAGCAGCAAACAGUAAGGGACCUGUUUGAAAUCCCUGCAUUUUUGGGGGAGUCUCCCUUGAAGGUAAAGACAGAAGAGUUUGUCGUACUGUCCCAGGUGUCUUCCUUGGCACACCAGAUCUCACCGAGGGAGACUAAACCUUUCCUGGAGGCACUGAAUAGCAUUGAGCAGGAGAGUGGUGAUCUCAGUAAAGCAGAGUUGACAGCAAGGAAUGAACACGAAGGUGGUGUUGACAAAGCCACAGAGAAGCGUAGGUGUGUGAGCUACGAGGAGCCUACCUACCUGGACGGAUUGGCAGCACUUGUGGAGCAGCUUACCCCAGUUGAAAAGUACGCAAUGAAUUAUUUAGAGCUGACACAAGCGUUUAUCACACCAGCAGAGCAGAAACUACCUGAAAAUCAGGUGAAAGCUGCAAAGCGAGUGUGGGAGUUUGGACAGUUGCACAGCCUGAAAGAGGAAAAGAAGAGACAGCUAGAAGAUGAAGAAAAUGAUGUGCUGUUCACUUACAGCCGGGAGGAUGCGUACAACAAGGAGUAUGUGAAAGAAGUUAAGGAUGGCCAGCCUGAAAUAAUGCCCAUUUGGACGCCUCCCACACCGCCCCAGGAUGACAAUGAUAUCUAUAUGGAUCCAGUAAUGUGCCUGAUGUAUGAUACUACUCCGAUUCAGGAGUCCAAACUGCCCCCUGUUUAUGUCCGAAAGGAACACAAGAGAUUAAAGAUGGACCCUUCAGAAAGCGAGACAGACGUGUUGACCUUUGUUGAUGCAGCUGCCGGAAAGAAGUUUAAGAAAGCUCGGCACGGGGAACCAGUCACCCCGCCCCGAUCACUGUUCGACAGAUCCACACCCUGCAUGCUCAAGAUGCGCCGUGAGGCUAAAGACCAGAAGAAGAACCUGUUCAUGAAGCAGCAGGCACCGUUUGCUAAACCCUUGCCCACGCUGACCAAAACCCCUGCUGAUGGUGGAACAGACAGCCCAGAGUGGCUGAUUAGCGAGGACUGGGCACUUCUGCAGGCUGUGAAGCAGUUGCUGGAGUUACCUUUAAACCUGGCUAUCAUCUCACCAGCACACACACCAAAUUGGGACCUGGUCAGUGAUGUUGUUAAUUCCUGCAGCCGCAUAUACCGAUCACCCAAGCAGUGUCGCAACCGAUACGAAAAUGUCAUAAUACCACGAGAAGAAGGAAAGUUGAUCUAUGACGCUAAUCCAAAGAAAAAGACUAAGAGCAUUUACAAGAACAAGAAUAGUCGCCCGUUGCGAACCAGCCAAAUCUAUGCACAGGAUGAGAGUGUUAUGCAUACACAACUCUUCACAAGCCACUUUGAACUUGUAAAGCUUAUAGCUGGGAAAAGAAGUCCCCCAAUCAAACCUAUGCUGGGAAUGAAUCCAUUCCAGAAGAAUCCAAAGCACGCAUCUGUGUUGGCCGAGAGUGGAAUCAGCUAUGACAAGCCUCUGCCGCCAAUCCAGGUUGCCUCACUUAGAGCUGAAAGGAUCGCAAAAGAGAAGAAGGCUUUAGCAGAGCAGCAGAGGGCUCAGCAUCUGGCACAGCAGCAGCAGCAACAGCAGCAACAAGCUCAGCAAAAUUCCCAGACGGCCGUUCCACAGCAGCAGAGCUCCCAGACUCAGGCUGCAGCCGUUCAGCAAUCUCAAGCUGUGGGACAGACUGCUGCAUCCACCGUGGCCAACACUGCAGUGCUGCAGGCUGGAACUAUCAAAACAGCACCUGGUACGACAAACAUUCAGACUGCCACUGUGGGAGGCAAUGUCAUCGUGAAUACAGCAGCAGGAGUACAGCAGAGUACCUUCCAACCCAUUAACAAGCGGCUUGCACAGCAGGUUAUUCCCGGAACCCUCACAUCCACAGGAGGUACAACCGCUCAAGUCGUACAUGCUCAACAAAGGACAGUAGCCACGUCUGCGGCUACCACAGAGGUUGUAGCCAUAGCAACCAACCAAGGUGUCCGAGCUGCAAUGGCCCCGGUUACAGCCACAGCCGCAGUGGUGUCCACCAAUUUGACUCCAGUGCAGAGCCAGACCAGGUCGCUCGUCACACAGGUCACCCCAGCUACAGGCAUCCAGCUGACCACAGGAAAACCCAUUCCUCAAGCACAGAUUCAGCUCUUCAGACAGCCACAGACUGCUCCCGUACAAGUCCAGCAAAUCCAGCCCCAGUCUCAACCCUCAGCACAGCUGAAGGGAGUCCAAAAAGUGCCGGAUCAUGUCUUAAAACUCAAACAGAAGCAGCAGCAGUUGGCUCAGGUGACGCAGAGGAGCGCUGUCCUCACCAGUCCCGUAACCAAUCUUCCAGUCGCCCGCAUUGCCAGAGUUUCCACAUCACAGCUUCAAGCACAAGGGCAAAUUCAGGCACAACCGACACCGACUGCGCAAGUCACCCUGACAAAGCCACCAGUUGUGUCUGUCCCCACAGCGGUAGUGUCUUCAGGUGUGACAACCCUUCCUGUUACUGUGGCUGGAAUUAGCAUGGCUAUUGGGCAGCCCCAGAAAGGAACAGCAGCAGGAGGGCAGACGGUGGUGAAGGCCGCCAUACCAUCACACUUCUCGCAGAUGCAUGUGCAGCAGAUUCUGAAGCUCAAACAGCAGCAGAAAGCAGGCCAAUCGCAGGUAACGCAGGGACAAGCUGCCAUCCAGGCUGCUGCAAUUGCAGCACAGCAGAAGAUAACACAACAGGUUACAGUGCAAUCGCAACAGCAGCAACAGCAGCAGAAGGUUACUUACACCACCAGCCAGCUUCAGUCAGGAAUGAAGCCACAGUUCCUGGGUGCUCAGGCUCAGAAGCAGACAGGACCACAGCAGAUGCAGGCACAGAUUCAGGUUACAAAACUUCCACAAAUGGUUCAACAGCAAGCAAGUGUGGGGAGUAUCCAGCAGAUGGUAUCGACGGCUCACCAGGUCCAGGCACAGCCGCAGACGAUGACCUUGUCGCAGGCGACGACUGGCCAGCAGGUCCAGGUGAUCCCCACGGCGGCCACCCCUCAGGUGAUGCAGCAGCAGCAGCAGCUGAUCCAGCAACAAGUAGUGACGGCCGCCUCUCCGCAGAUCCAGGCCCCGACCCCACAGAGCCCGGUCCCGCCUGCCGCAGCCUCUGACGGACAGGGCCAGCAGGCCAAAGUGCAAGUGCGAACGGCCCCUGCAGUAAGACUGAAAGCCCCCAUGAAACCCAACUGAGCCCUGGCUCAGGACAAUGAGAAGCCCACCACCGAAGAAUGUGCUUUAGCUGGACUGAACGAAGAAUAGAUUGUACUACGGUUGUCUCCACUCCAUUGUGUCAUAUUUAAUGUAUAGAAAAAAAAAAUCAGGCACCCAUUAAUGUUAUGUAAGUCAUUUAAAAUUGAAUUUUGGUGUUGUUGCACAGCAGAAAAUUCUGUAAAUCUUUUUUUUAUGAUUAAUUCUGAGGUUUAAUCUCUGCAGUUUGUACAUAGUGAUUUCCUCUGAGCAUAUUUUUGAAUGUGCUCUGUAUUUGUUAAAUUCAGAAAGUGGAUGUUUUUGGCAUGUGUUGAGUAUUUGUAAAUCCAUAAUUUAGUUGGAUGGAUGUCAAGUACGUAACUGUAGUAUUUUUUUCCUGUCACAUGACAAGUAAAACGAGCCUGCACCAAUUGAUCAUUGAAAUGAGAAGUGUUCAACAUUCCUUACCUUGAGAAAGACCCAUCUAUUAACAAACUUUUGAUACAACGUUUUGUAUUUUUGUUACCUUUUUUUCAUUACCCGUUCAUGUUUCAGGAUUUGUUUUAAAAGUUAGGAUGUCUAUUUUUAAUUCUGUCCGUAUAUGCACAUUAAAAAUGCAAUUGACGCUGCAAAGUUAUCCCCCUCUAGUUGGUAGUGUACAUGUUGUACAGUAUUUGUUAUGGUUUUGCAUAGCGCCAUGUUAUAACAUCCCCGAAACCUGUCCUUGGAAAUGAUGUAUAUUCACUUGUGGUCAGCAAGAAGGAAUUAAGAAUAAAAAUUGUACAGAAAUGUUUUCUUGUUGCUCACUCAUUGGUGGUGUUUUUCAGCUCUUCAGCUGAGCCACGUUGUAAAUUUUCUUUCAAGUAGCCAUGGUAUUUUUGUUAUCUGUGGUAAACCAAUGAAGGGCAUUGGGUAAGGUUUCAGAGACAGCAAUCCAAAAUGCUGGAGGGUCAGGCAGUGUCUGUGGAAAUUAAUAAACAGUUGACAUUUCAGGCUGACACUCCUCUUCAGGACUGAGAAGGAAGAGGG